UCUCCCAACAGAAAGCAGAUUCAGUUUCAGCCGUUCGCGCCCAAAGACAUUGUCCGUGUCUCCGAGGUGGAGGUUACAAUUCCAGAGUUGUAUAAGAAUCACGAGGAUGGUUCACGAACGACUGCUCCGGGAGGUCCCCUGGACGCCAGGAUGGUAUGUCCCACGAGAUGGAGAGCUGCACUGUGUGACGUUGACACCAGGGCCCGAACGAGAAAGGCGGCACUUGCCCGACGUGCCAUGAGGACCACACCCACUGUGUAGGCCACUACGGCUAUGUCAAGCUGGCGCUUCCCGUGUUCCAUAUUGGGUACUACCGCCCGACCAUUAACAUGUUGCAGUGCAUCUGCAAGACCUGUGCUCGUGUCCUGCUCCCUCCUGUUGAACGCGCCGCGUUCCUGAAGCGCUUUCGGCGACCGAAGCUGGAAAUGCUGCAGCGUCAGAGUGCACAGAAAGGUGUUCUUGCUUCGUGCAAGAAGGUGACUACCUGUCCUUACUGCUUCGCUCCGAAUGGUAUCGUCAAGCGGUCCGGCACGCUCAAGAUUUCGCACGAGCCCUACCGCUCGAACAAGAAUGCUGAGGCCAAGCAGGAAUGGAUGUCCAACUUCAAAUCAGUCAUCACGGAGCAAGGGGCGAUUGGGACGCACCUCAACAAGUCGGUCGAGGACAUGAAUCCACUCAAGGUGCUCGAGCUUUUCCGACGGGUUACAGCGGAGGACUGUGAGCUGCUGGCAUUGCACCCCGAUAUUGGCCGCCCAGAAGACUAUCUCUGGACGUACAUCUCCGUGCCCCCGCCGUCUAUCCGCCCUUCUGUUGCAUCGGAAGCAGGUAACAAUGAGGAUGACUUGACAGCCAAACUCGUCGAAAUCGUCAAUCAGAAUCGCAUGCUGAUUUCGGUUAUGGAGAAGGGUCAGGGCCUGUCUCAGACGAUCUCGAACUGGGAUGCGCUCAGUCAGAUGAUCGCGCUAUACAUCAACUCGCAGACCCCUGGUAUCAACACUACGGGCAGCAAGCCCAUCCGUGGCUUCGUCCAACGUUUGAAGGGCAAGUCGGGUCGUUUCCGUGGUAACUUGUCCGGAAAGCGUGUCGAUUUCUCUGGUCGUACUGUCAUCGGCCCCGAUCCGAACUUGCGAAUUGACGAGGUUGCUGUCCCGGAGAAGAUUGCAGUCAAGCUGUCAUACCCAGAACGCGUAACCGACUACAACAUCGAGGCGAUGCGGCAGUGCGUGGUCAACGGCGCCAAGUUGCACCCAGGCGCAAAUGUCAUCGAAACAGGACGCGGGCCAUAUCCUCGUCGGUCCUUACAGCCUCUCAAGGAUAUCGAGCGGCGGAAGGAAAUGGCUCGCAAUCUGCGCGUCGGCGACAUCGUCCACCGGCACGUUCGCGAUGGAGACAUUGUGCUCUUCAAUCGUCAGCCAUCACUUCACAAAAUCUCUAUCAUGUGCCACCGCGUGCGCGUGCGGCCAUGGCGCACGUUCCGUCUCAACGAAUGUGUCUGCAACCCCUACAACGCAGACUUCGAUGGUGAUGAGAUGAACCUUCACGUCCCGCAGACGGAAGAAGCGCGUACAGAGGCCCUCGAGCUCAUGUCGGUUAAGAAGAAUCUGGUUACACCGCGUAACGGCGAGCCUAUCGUUGCCGCCAUCCAGGACUUCAUCACGGCCUCAUACUUACUUUCCAAGCGCGACCGCUUGCUAGACCGCCAGCAGUUCACCCAGAUCGUUUCCUACUUGGGGGAUGCCAACAUCCCUAUCGAACUUCCUCCACCCACUAUUUGGAAGCCGCAGAGGCUAUGGACCGGCAAACAAGUCUACAACCUUCUCAUGCGCCCGAAUAGCAACUCCAAGGUGCUUGUCAAUCUCGAGGCAAAGUGCCGCACGCUGGUUGAACCGCGCAAAGAGUAUAACUUCCCCCUGGACAUGGCCCCCAACGACGGCUACCUCGUCAUUCGCAACUCCGAAAUAAUGUGCGGAGUAUUUGACAAGAACACAGUCGGUGAUGGCAAGAAGAACUCCGUGUUCGGCGUCAUUCUGCGUGACUACGGUAGCAACGAGGCAGCGAUGGCCAUGACGAGGCUGGCGAAGCUGUCAGCCCGCUGGCUUGCGAACCAAGGAUUCUCGCUGGGCAUCAACGACGUCAUUCCCGGCCCUGUCCUGCAACAGAGCAAAGACAGCUUAGUGGAGAAGGCGUACAAGGAGUGUGACGACAACAUCGAGCUUGCUAAGCGCGGCAAGCUGCAGAACAUGCCCGGAUGUGACCAAGAGACUACGCUGGAAAGCACCAUUUCCGCCACGCUGUCCGAUACGCGUGCCAACGUCGGUGAUAUUUGCAAGCGCGAGUUGUCGCGCGCCAAUGCUCCGCUAAUUAUGGCCACCUGUGGCUCCAAAGGUUCGCUCAUCAACGUUGCCCAGAUGGUCGCUCUUGUCGGACAGCAAAUUAUCGCCGGUAAACGUGUCGCCAAUGGUUUCCAGGACCGCUCUCUGCCUCACUUCAAGAAGAAGAGUAUCGACCCGCCAGCCAAGGGCUUCGUUCGUAACUCGUUCUUCUCCGGUCUGUCACCAGCCGAGUUCCUUUUCCACGCCAUUUCCGGUCGCGAGGGUCUCGUCGAUACGGCAGUCAAGACGGCUGAGACGGGCUACAUGGCACGUCGUCUAAUGAAGUCGCUCGAGGAUCUGUCCGCACAGUACGAUCUUUCGGUGCGCAACUCUGUUGGCACCGUCGUACAGUUCGAGUACGGAGACGAUUCACUUGACCCAGCCUGCCUCGAGGGUGACGCGACGCCCGUCGAGUACGUGCGUAGCUGGCAACACGCCAUGGCCACCGCGCCAAAGGACGACGUCAAACUCUAUCCAUACCAAGUUGAGGAGAUUGCCCGCUACAUUUACCCUGAGCUUCAUGCUGGACGGAAGAAGAAGGGAGUGAUCGUCCCUCAAGAGUGGCAGCAAGUGCACGUCAAGUUCCGCGAGAACACCUAUAACUUUAUCAACGACAAGAUUGCCAAGAAGAUGGCCGAGCAGCGCGAGCGUCGCGGCGUUCCCGCCGCCGACUCCAGGGAUGCCGCCGAGGAAUACGAGGACUUCUUGAUCUCACAUGACCCCGACGUUCAGCGUGUUUUGGAUAACUCGUUCUCUGUGACGCGUUCGCAACUCUUGCAGUUCCUCGAGAAUUGCCGUACGCGCUAUCUGCUGGCCAAGAUUGAACCCGGAUCGACCGUGGGCGCUGUCGGUGCUCAGUCGAUUGGUGAACCUGGUACGCAGAUGACCUUGAAGACGUUCCACUUCGCUGGUGUCGCAUCGAUGAACGUAACCCUCGGUGUCCCGCGUAUCAAGGAGAUCAUCAACGCCGCGAAGAUCAUCUCGACCCCGAUCAUCACCGUUCAGCUCGAGCAGUACCGCGACGAGUCGGUUGCGCGUAUUGUCAAGGGACGUAUUGAGCGGACAACGCUUGGAGAGAUCGCGUCGAUCAUCGAGGAGGCGUGGACGGGUGCUGGCGCUUUCAUCGAAGUUCACGUCGACAUGGACGCGAUUUCCAAGCUGCAGCUCGAGAUUACUUUGGACAGCAUAAAGCACUCCCUCACGCUUGCGCCCAAGCUCAAGAUCCGCGACAGCGAUGUCACCAUCAACUCGAGGAAGGCGCGCAUCAAGAUCUACAUCAACGACCCGUCCGACAAGGACAAGUUCACGGGUGUUUACGAGCGCCUCAAAUACCUCAAACGCGCUAUCCCCAGCGUACAGGUCAAGGGUCUUCCAGAGAUUGACCGCUCCGUUAUCACCAAGGAUGAGAAAGACAAGGAAAGGCUGCAACUCUUGGUCACCGGCUAUGGCCUGAGCGAAGUCAUGGGCAUGGAUGGCGUCGACGGUAUCAACACCAAGACUAAUCACGUCAUGGAGACAGCCAAGGUUCUCGGCAUCGAGGCGGCGAGGCAGACCAUCUACGAGGAGAUUCAGACGACUAUGAGGUCGCACGGCAUGAACAUCGACCCGCGUCACGUCAUGCUCCUCGGCGAUGUCAUGACGUACAAGGGCGAGGUGCUGGGCAUUACGCGCUUCGGUGUCCAGAAGAUGAAGGACUCGGUGCUCAUGCUGGCCUCAUUCGAAAAGACGACGGAUCACCUCUUCGACGCCUCUCUCUUCUCCAAGGUCGACGAGAUCGAGGGCGUUUCGGAAUGCAUUAUCAUGGGCACACCUGCGCCAGGCUGCGGCACCUCUCUCGCUUCGAUUGUUACACCCGCACCAUUCCUCGCCAAGCGCAAGCCCUUACUCUUCGAGUCCGCGUACAAGGAGGGCCGCGAGCGGCUCGCAACGGGCAUGGACAUCGAUUAAUCACACAUUAUCAGCAUUGCAUUGUCACAAUAUCCGGUAGA